AUGUUAGAGAACUACGGACACCUCCUCUUCCUGGGUCUCAUUGCGUCAAAGCCAGACCUGAUCAUCUUUUUGGAGCAGGAGGAGCAGCUCUGGGUUGUGAAGAGAAAGGAGACAGUAGCCUUCCAUCCAGGUAGGCAAAUCCAUACUGGGGAGAAACUUUACAUAUGUAAAGAAUGUGGUAAGGCCUUUAAGAGGCUACAGCACCUUAGUCAACAUCACAGAAUUCAUACUGGAGAGAAACCUUACCAAUGUAAAGAAUGCGGCAAGGCCUUUAACCAUCAAUCAAACCUUAUUAAACAUCACAGAAUUCAUAGUGGAGAGAAACCUUACCAAUGUAACGAAUGUGGCAAAGCCUUUAGAUUUCGCUCAGUCCUUACGGAACAUCACAGAAUUCAUACUGGAGAGAAACCUUACAAAUGUAAAGAAUGUGGCAAGGCCUUUAACAGUCAGUCAAACCUUAUUCAACAUCAUAAAGUUCAUACUGGAGAGAAACCUUACAAAUGUAAAGAAUGUGGCAAGGCCUUUAACCACCACUCAACACUUACUGAACAUCACAGAAUUCAUACUGGAGUGAAGCCUUACAAAUGUAAAGAAUGUGGCAAAGCCUUUAAAUUUCACUCAAACCUUACUAAACAUCACAGAAUUCAUAGUGCAGACAAACCUUACCAAUGUAAAGAAUGUGGCAAAGUCUUUAAAUUACGCUCAACCCUUACUGGACAUCACAGAAUUCAUAGUGCAGAGAAACCUUACAAAUGUAAAGAGUGUGGCAAUGCCUUUAAGAGGCAAUCAGCCCUUAAUCGACAUCACAGAAUUCAUACUGGAGAGAAACCGUACAAAUGUGAAGAAUGUGGUAAAACCUUUAAGGACUGCUCAUCGCUAAAUGAACAUAGGCAAAUGCAUACUGGAGAGAAACUCUACAAAUGUAAACAGUGUGGCAAAGCCUUUAAUGGGCACUCAAACCUUACUCGGCAUCACAGAGUCCAUACUGGUGAGAGACUCUACAGAUGUAAAGAAUGUGGCAAAGCCUUUACAUUGCACUCAGUACUUACUCAACAUCACAGAAUUCAUACUGGAGAGAGACCUUACAAAUGUAAAGACUGUGGCAAGGCCUUUAACCAUCACUCAACCCUUACUCGACAUCACAGAAUUCAUACUGGAGAGAGACCUUACCAAUGUAAAGAAUGUGGCAAGGCCUUUAACAGACAAUCAACCCUUAGUCAACAUUACAAAAUUCAUACCGGACAGAAACCGUAA